CGAACGAACCUAGACCCAGUCGCAGCCAUUUUACUCCGCGAAAUAAACUUCAAUCCCACAGCUAGAGGAAACAAAACAACACACACACGACCAUUUCCCUGGGAUAAUGGAUAUCUCAUUGUGAACCGAACACCAUCCGGUUUCAAGUCUUCUAAAAUCGGUUUGACUCCAUGGCUUAGCUCCACUCUUCACAGGAACUCACCCGGACGUCUCUUUCCUCUCUUCCUCACUGUCCUCUGCCACUACAGGAAGCAGCGAGACACAACCAAAGAGACGGUGACCCUCAUCCCCCCACUUCCUUGCCUCCCCUCCUGAGGCGACAUGGAGCUCCAGGCGUCUCAGCUGGGAGUCGAGGGGGACUUUGAGAUGUCCAGUCUGCUGCUGCCGAGUCCCCAGAGCGAGGCGGUGACCCACGAGAUGGAGGAGCUGUCGCUGCAGCCACUGCCUCCUCUCAACGAACGCAAAAAUGUCCUGCAGUUGAGGCUUCAGCAGAGGCGGACCCGGGAGCAGCUGGUGGAUCAGGGCAUCAUGCCACCUCUGAAGAGCCCGGCAGCUUUCCAUGGGCAGAUCCGCAGCUUGGAGAGAGCCAGGACGGAGAAUUUCCUCAAGCACAAGAUCCGCAGCCGUCCAGAGAGAGCGGAGCUGGUCAGGAUGCACAUCCUGCAAGAGACCGGAGCAGAGCCGUCACUCCAGGCCACCCAGAUGAGACUGAAGAGGGCCCGGCUGGCCGACAACCUGAACGAGAUGAUCGCCCAGAGACCCGGCCCCAUGGAGCUGGUGGAGAAAAACAUCCUUCCGGUGGACUCCAGCGUUAAACAGGCAAUAAUCGUGGGCCAGGUGAACUACCCCAAAGUGGUGGAGGAAGACAGCAGUGAAGCCCUGUCCCCGGAGCAGCCGGCCAGCCAGGAGUCUCAGGCUUCACUCCCGUCUCCUGCAGAGAUCCGAGUGCCAGAGACCCCCCCUCCAGUCAUAGCAGCUCCACCACUCCCUCCAGCGCCUCCACCCAUGCCCAACACCAUGCUGCAGUCUUUCCCUAAUACUACAAAAGCAACAACAGACUUUAUGAAACUGGUCUCUGCAGUGGAGCCUCCUCGCCCCACUGUCACUCCUGUACAGCUGCCUGCUCCUCCUAAACCAGGACCCACACUGGUGAAGCAAAGCCAGCAGAAGUCCCCCUCAGAGAAGAGCCGCAGUAAGAAGAACAAAGAGCCCAAGUCCCGGGUGAAGAAGCUGAAGUACCACCAGUACGUUCCUCCGGACCAGAAGCUGGAGGCCAGCGAGGAGCCCAUGGACUCGUCCUACGCCCGACUGCUGCAGCAACAGCAGCUCUUCCUGCAGCUGCAGAUCCUCAGCCAGCAGCAGCAGCACUACAACUACCAGACCAUCCUGCCAGCACCGCUCAAGCCUGUGGCGGAGGGUCAGAGCGCCGGCAGCCUGCCCGCCUCCAUCAUGGUGUCUCUGCCCACCGCACCCCCGUCUGCCUCCGUGACGCCAUCUCUGUGUCGCCCGAUCAACCCGCUCUCCAACCGCAAGCCGGGAGUCCUGCCUGCCAACCUGGAGGAGAUGAAGGUGGCUGAGCUGAAGCUGGAGCUGAAGCUGCGCGGCCUCCCCGUGUCAGGAACAAAAACAGAUCUGAUCGAGAGGCUGAAGCCUUUCCAGGACAACCACUGCACCUCCGCUCCGAGCAACAAUCCUGCCUCCUCCCUCUCCCCCAUGCAGAUGGAGGUGAAAAGCCCCGCUAUAGUCCUGCCAGUCCAGCAGUUGGCUGCACAAGAGAACAUGAACCCAGCUUCGCCGGUGUCACCGAUGCCCGCCGACCGCUCCCCCCAGGACGGAGGCAAGCCUGAGACUCCGUCGUUUGAAACGCACAUGAUGACCUCCAACUGGACCCCCACUUUCCAGUCCUUCCAAAUCCCGCAGGAGAAGGACAAGCGGCUCCACGAGAAGGAGCAGCAGAUCGUGGAACUGAUGAAGAAGCUGGAGCAGGAGCAGAAGCUGGUGGAGGAGCUGAAGAUGCAGCUGGAGGUGGAGAAGAGAGGCUCUCCCACAGCCACUGUGGGUCCUGCUGUCCUGAACUCUAACGUGGUAAAGAUGGAAGGAGCAGUUCUGUCAAACUGUGCAUCCACCAUCGCCACCAUCCCCAAUCAGAUCCUGGGCUCCGCCUCUCUCUCCCCCCUCCCCUCGGUGGUGAAGCUGGAGGAUGUGACGGUUUCCUCUGGUAAGCCCAUCCAGCUCCAGACCCAAGCGCAGCUCAUCUCUCAGAUCCAGCCCCAGAUCCCCAACAGGAGUCCCACGCUGCAGACCCAGAGCCAGCCAGCGGCCCCCGGCCUGCAGCAGUUCUUCAUCAACCACCAGGGCCGGGUGUCCCAGGUGCUGCAGCCUCAGACCCUGCUGACCACCACCGGCCAGGCGGGGACCCAGAUCCUGCUCCCAGUGUCGCUGCCCAACAACGCCACCGCCAUCCAGCUGCCUAGCAACACCGUCAGCCUGCAGCCUGUUCUGCAGACCACAGUCCCGAAUCCAGGCCUGGUGCACGCCCCGGGUCCUCAGCUGCAAACCACUAAGAUGGAGACGUCAUCGACCAAGCCGUUUACCAACAACAACUCCCUGCUGCAGACUCUGACGAUGUGCAAUAACUCCGCUGGUUUGGAGAACCAGGCCAGGCCACAGCUGAGUCCCCAGGGUUUCCUGAGAAGCUCGCCCGACAACAGAGUCUCUCCCCGGGCUUCACCCAACAACCACACCUCCAACGGACCCCUCAGCAAGUCUCCUUCCCCCCAGCCGACCUUCAUCCUUCAGCACAACUCUCUGGUUACUCAGCCUCCCAAAACAAAAGAGCCCCCCCGCUACGAGGAUGCCAUCAAACAGAGCCGCAACAUGCAGCACGUCAACAACGUCUCACAGGUUCCCACAGCAACCAGCCAGCAAAUGGAUGACCUGUUUGACAUCCUGAUAGAGAGCGGAGAGAUCACCCCCUUCAUCCAGCAGGACCCUCAGGUGUCUCUCUCUAAGACCCUGCCGGUCACCGCGAACAUCUUCACCCUCCCCGUCAGCACGGCCGUCUCCAGACCCCCCCCUCAGAUCCAGGUGGCCCCCCCGCCCGUCCUGAGCCCCUCCCUCGGCCCCGGCCUCUCCUCGCUGGCCACCGACAACCAGCUGGAGGCCUUCCUGGAGAAGACGCUGGCUGAGACGGCGCCGGCGUCCGACCCGCGCACCCGGGGGCUGAUGGAGGAGCUGCAGGCCCAGCUGAUGGAGCAGCAGGCGUACUCCCCCAUGGACACGUCGGACCUCUCCUUCUGUGAUUCCUCUUCCCCCUCCUCGCUACACAUGGGCCUGUCCGACCCAGGGUUGGACAACAUGGAGUGGCUGGACCUCACCAUGCCUCCUGGUUCUGCCGGGUCCCUGACUCCCCUCGGGAUCCCGUCGGACUUCCUGGACGGUCAGGACCUGCAGCUGCACUGGGAGUGACCGGGGGGGGGGGACAGAUAUAUAACAGCUGAGCCGGGAGAGGAAGACGGGUUGAGAUUCCAGAAGGAAAACAUGGCGUUCCGUGCCAUUCCACUUUCACCACUACACCCAGACCACGUGUAAUAUUCCCACUGCCCUGCAGGACCAGCUGCUGGACAGGCACUGACGAAAAACAGCAGCAGUUUGCACAAAGAGGGUCUGAAACACCACGUCACUGAGGUGUCCUGCCACCAGAGGGAUCUAAACUUUAAGACUUUGAGUGUCUGAGGAGGAGCCGAAUGACCCCUGGUAGCACGGACUGUAAAUACUCUUCAGACCACAGAAAGGAUACCCCCCGGUUAUCCUCCUGGAGGUUCCUCUGGUUGGCUUUCAGUUUGAACACUUCAUUUAAAUGUAAGUAAAUAUAAAAGCGUGCAGGUGGAGAGUUGUGUUUCCACUGGAGCAAACUGUGCUAUAAAACCAGUGAUUACAACACAGUGUGACGACUCACAGAUUAACCCUUUAUAAACAUAUUGGAAAGAGAUCAUCUAGGCCUGUCACGAUAACUGCCUUUAUUGGACGACAUAAUCUCCCAUAAAUAGUUGCAAUAUGUAACAUUUCUGUCAUUUCAAGAGCAUUUUAGGCCACAAUGAUAAUCUAUUAGCAACAUAAUGCAAUACGCCUUUACAAGAGGAAUUCACUUUUUAUUCUUAGGAGUCUUCGGUUGUUGGAAUUUCAAUGUGAAAAGAUACAACAAAACCAAAACAGUGAAUAAAACAGACUUUCUGCCACAUAAAACUAAACAAAAAACCGAAAAAUGAUCGAUGUUUGAUCGAUAUAUUGUGCAAUAACUCAAAAAGAGACUGGUUUCCCACAUAUCCUACUACAGGUGGAUAACAGAAAUAAUCCAAGUCCGGUUUAUAGAUCGUACGUCAAUCGAUAAAGGAAGAUACCCUUACUCUACGUCAAAAAAGAUCAGUGUCAAUAUCUUCCUCGAUAAAUUGAAACAGUGAAAGAUAAAUAAGGUCAUGUCCAUAUUGUAAGAUAACCUCAACAAAAACUAAGUCAUGUUUGCUGAUAUCCUGGUUUCAGUCAUUUCGUUCAAUAAGUUGUUACUAUCGUGACAGGCCUACGCUUCUAUUCCCAAUACAAUGUCUACUGGUGUUGACCUGGUUACAGCACAGCCUCGUUUAUGAACCACUUCACCUGGAGGAGCUUAGGCUAAACUGGAGGAGCUGGACCUCUAAACCUGUCCCUGUUUGAUCGGAGUGGGACGUCCCCUUCUUGAGAGGACUCUCUCUCUCUUCACACUGGUCCCACUCACUGAACAUGUGCUGACUCGUCUGAUGUGUAUGUCAGAUGUGAAUGACUCCAAAGACUAAACGACGAGAGGAGCCGGAUCCUCAAACUACGUGAGAGCUAUGCACUUAAAGAGGCGGAGGGAUAUCUGACGGCGCGCCUCGGCCGCCCCGGAGCACCCGACCGCUCCGGAGAUACUGCAGUUGUUGUCCAAGUAUGUAAUCCUGAAUGUAACUUUAACCACAGAAUGGGACUACACUCACAAAGUUGGCAGCUUUUUUACUCGUGAUGAACUGACAGAAAGGGAACAAAUAUCAGUUUGAGAGACGGGCUGCGGCCGAACCGUCUUUUCUUUGCUAACGUAGUGAAAUAAGCUGGAAGUAUUGAAUCCAAAUUGGAAGCAAAAGGAGCUUUAAUGCGUCCUUUUAUAAUCCCACUAAGCAAAGGGUACAAAGGACCAUCCUUUGUAAGCAGAAAGGAUAUAAAGCCGUCCCACAAUUCAAUUCAAGAGCAUGCAUAAUUACGUAGCCUAAUAUAAGAGCGCUUUACCUUUCCCCAGCAACCUUUCCUGCAAUUUUCGUUGCUUUGUAUCGAGGAAGUCUGUUCUAUUUGGCUCUUCGACAGCAGCCACGGAGAGAAACUCCCAGAAAAAGUGAAAACUGCGAGUUAUAUCAAGGAAUAGAAAUGUCUUUAAGGGGAGAUGAACUUUUUAUCUAGCUGUCCCGGCACUGUGUGUGUGUGUGGGGGGGGGGGGGGGGGAAUUACUGCAUCACUAGCCAUCAGUGAUGAGUCAGUCUGCUUUAACUUCAAUCAAGUGACCAACUUCCUCUGGAGGAAUCAGGAUAUUCUAAAGUAAUAUUAGCCUGGUGGAACACACUGACUGUCUCCGCCACCAAGUGUGUGUGUGUGUGUGUGUGUGUGUGUGUGUGUGUGCGUGCGUGCGUGUGUGAGGAGCAUGUCGUGUGUGUGGACUUGUCUUCCCGUCUUCUGCAUGUCCGCCCGUGUCUCUGUGUGCAUGGUUGUACUCGCGUCGCCCACAGGCAGUCUGAAGAUGAAGAGCUAAUAUCUAUGAAAUGAAAUGAAGUAAUUUGCUAUUCCAAAAAAGAAAAAGAUUCCAAACUUUUCUCUUCAAAACGGAUCUGAUGACUGUUUACUGUUUUUAUCUGUGUGUUGUUCGGUGUCCUACAAGCGCACACACGCCUUUUUGAGGUGUAAUACACAACCAAGAGGGCUUAGCUAAUUUUAAAGCCGUCGUACUUGCUUUUUUAAUCUUAAAACUGAAGGAUAUUUAGUUUGAGGAUAUUAUUUAGGGAUUAAUGCUUAUUGUAUCGCACUUUUAAAUCAGAUUGAUGUCAUAAAUUGUCCUUUUUUAUUCUCGUUAGCAGUGGAAAUCACAUUUACUGUCCAUUGUAACCACUUCAACUGUCGUUACACCCAUGGACACUAGAGGGCGCUGCCUCUCUUCUGGUGAGGCUCAUUUCUGGCAGGAAGUGGAGUCACAUCAGGCUGUUUUAUUACAUUUAAAUCAAUGUGUUUUCUGCCUUUUUGUGUUGCUUAUUUCAUGCUCUUACUGCUGCAGAAUUCAUCAUCAAAUCCAAAUCAUUCAACUACGUGAAACGGAUCACAUUCUUCUCAACACUGCUCCCGGGCUUUGUUGCAUGUUUGUUUAUUUCCUACAAAUGUUGUGUUAAAGCGACUGUUUCUUACCCGUUCAGAGCGGAUCUAUCUCCUGGUGUUUGAGGAGUUUGGAUCCAGGUUUAGCGGACUGCAGGUUUCUUUUUUAUUCCCAUUAAUGCGAGAAUGAAAUCCUUGAUAGGAUGACGAGUCAGAAUCACUAAUUGAUUCCUGUGUGUUGUAAGUCACUUUUUAAAGCUGUCAAAUUUCAUAUUUAGUUGCCAAAAAAAGGCAGAGGAACAUCUUAUCACAUUUUUGUUGUUCAGUUUCUCACACGUUUGUGUAUUUAUCACUAUUCUUUAAAGGUGGAAAUGUAAACGUGUACCUUGUUCUGUGUAAAGAGGAUUUCAUGUGUAUAUUUUUGGUUUGCAGAGUUGGUUGUUUUUCCUUCAUAUCGGACAAACAUCUUGGCUGGGGUUAAGAUUUAUUUUGUGACACCACUUUCCAUGCAGGGAAGAGCAAUAAUGGCUGCUCUCCCUCGUUAUACUGUACUGUACGUCGGAUCCUGCCUUGAUUUCAUCUUUUAAAAAGCACUUAAUACCCGAGUGGUUUGUUGAAUAACCCUCUUAACUUAGAAGUCUGCUUCUCAGUGUCCUGUUUCUUCGUUAUAGUGUAGGCUAAAGCUAGUCACACAAGAAGAGACGUUUCAGUAAAAAUCCAUUUAUUCUGGGGACAUUUCCAUCGUCCUUCGUAGCAAAGUCUCUCCUGUCGUUCUCCACCUCCCCCACGCCACGCCUCUUGUUGUUUGUAUGCCAUAUGUUUUGCACAUUGUGUACAUAUUUAUAUAGAUGUAAUGCAUAUUUUUCUACAUGUGUAACAUCCAUGGGUUCUCUAUUUUGUACAUACUCCAAAAUAUGUAUAUAUAAGUACUGUAUGCCUUCACGUGUCAAUAAAAUGUGGUGUACUGUGA